GGCCGCGCCGCGGUGUUGGCGCGCGAGGGGGACGCGGCCCGGGAUGAGCUGAUUGCGGGUGAAGACGCCGCGGACCGACCCCGAGAGGCUGCGAGGAGCCGCCUGUCUCAGAGUCGUCGCUCUAGUCCUUGGAUUCGAGACCAUGUCCAUUCACAUCGUGGCGCUGGGGAACGAGGGGGACGCGUUCCACCAGGACAAUCGGCCGUCGGGGCUCAUCCGCACCUACCUGGGGCGAAGCCCGCUGGUCUCCGGGGACGAGAGCAGCUUGUUGCUGAACGCGACCAGCACCGUCCCGCGCCCCGUGUUCACCGAGUAUCAAGCCAGCGCGUUUGGGAACGUGAAGCUGGUGGUCCACGACUGUCCCGUCUGGGACAUUUUUGACAGCGAUUGGUACACCUCUCGAAAUCUAAUCGGGGGUGCUGAUAUCAUUGUGAUCAAAUACAACGUAAAUGACAAGUUUUCAUUCCAUGAAGUAAAGGAUAAUUAUAUUCCGGUGAUAAAAAGAGCAUUAAAUUCAGUACCUGUGAUCAUUGCCGCUGUUGGUACCAGACAAAAUGAAGAAUUACCUUGCACAUGCCCACUGUGUACCUCAGACAGAGGGAGCUGUGUUAGUACAACUGAAGGGAUCCAGCUUGCUAAAGAGCUAGGAGCUACCUACCUGGAGCUCCACAGCCUCGAUGACUUCUACAUAGGAAAGUAUUUUGGAGGAGUGUUGGAGUAUUUUAUGAUUCAAGCCUUAAAUCAGAAAACAAGUGAAAAAAUGAAGAAAAGGAAAAUGAGCAGCUCGUUUCAUGGAAUUAGACCACCUCAACUUGAACAACCAGAAAAAAUGCCUGUCUUAAAGGCAGAGGCCUCACAUUAUAACUCUGAUUUAAACAACUUGCUGUUCUGCUGCCAAUGUGUGGAUGUGGUAUUCUACAACCCAGAUUUGAAGGAUGUUGUGGAGGCCCACAAGAUUGUUCUCUGUGCCGUUAGCCACGUUUUCAUGCUGCUUUUCAAUGUGAAGAGUCCUGCGGACAUUCAGGAUUCCAGCAUCAUCCGGACUACCCAGGAUCUCUUUGCUAUAAACAGAGAUGCUGUCUUUCCAGGUGCUGGCCAGGAGUCUGCUGGAAACCCACCAUUACGAGUCAUUGUUAAAGACGCCAUCUUCUGUUCUUGCUUAUCAGACAUUCUGCGCUUCAUUUAUUCAGGUGCUUUUCAGUGGGAAGAAUUGGAAGAAGAUAUCAGGAAGAAAUUGAAAGAUUCUGGCGAUGUUUCAGAUGUAAUUGAGAAAGUUAAAUGCAUUUUAAAAACACCAGGAAAGAUUAAUUGCCUAAGGAAUUGCAAGACAUAUCAAGCCAGAAAACCUCUGUGGUUUUAUAACACUUCCCUCAAGUUUUUCCUUAAUAAACCCAUGCUUGCUGAUGUUGUCUUCGAAAUACAAGGUACGACAGUGCCAGCCCACAGGGCCAUCCUGGUGGCCCGUUGUGAAGUGAUGGCAGCCAUGUUUAAUGGGAAUUACAUGGAAGCAAAGAGUGUUCUGAUUCCAGUUUAUGGUGUUUCCAAAGAGACUUUCUUGUCAUUCUUAGAAUACCUCUACACAGACUCCUGUUGCCCAGCUGGCAUUUUCCAGGCCAUGUGUCUCCUGAUCUGUGCGGAAAUGUACCAGGUAUCCAGACUGCAGCACAUCUGUGAGCUAUUCAUCAUCACUCAGCUGCAGAGCAUGCCCAGCAGGGAGCUGGCAGCCAUGAAUCUUGAUAUUGUGGACCUGCUCAAAAAAGCCAAGUUUCACCACUCUGAUUGCCUUUCAACUUGGCUACUUCAUUUCAUUGCCACUAACUACCUCAUCUUCAGCCAAAAGCCUGAAUUUCAGGAUCUUUCAGUGGAAGAACGCAGUUUUGUUGAAAAGCACAGAUGGCCAUCGAAUAUGUACUUGAAGCAGCUUGCGGAAUACAGGAAGUAUAUUCACUCUCGAAAAUGUCGUUGCUUAGUAAUGUAACCAGAGCUUUUAUAAACAUACAUUUUUUUACUAUUAUGAAGACUGGGAUACUUCUGGGUUCCAGAAAAAUUCUUGUGACCGAAACAAAUAUGGGUGUUAGAAAAAAAAUCCACAUACAGCUUAAUGUGUCUAUUAGUUCUAUUUGAAAAAAACUACUCAUAUGAUCUUAAAAGGGAACAGAACAUACCAUAGGCUAACACUAAGGCUUCACCCUAGUAUAUAAUGCUGUUGUACAGCUACUUUUCCCUUUUAGAUGCCCUGUUGCUUUAUAAUAAUACCUCUCCCAUUUGUGAAAUGUCUGGAUUUUUUAAAAAAUCGUACAAGAUUAAUACAGAAAUUUCAUCAUGUCUGACUAAUCGCUCUUUUAAAGUAAAGGGCAUUUAAAAGACCCAGUUAUGACUAUUUCUAGAAUGAGAAAUUCAGGGGAAGAUUGAUCCAUCUGAAAUUUUAGAAAUAGAAAUUUUCCUGGAAUUUUGAAAGUGAAAUGCUAUAUGGUCCGAAAUCAGUGGUGUGACAGUGUUUGAACCAUUAUUAAAAAUUUUCUGUUUUUCAUCUGAAAAACCCAUCUGAACUACCUUGUCUGUUCCCUGAGAUUCCGAUUAGGUAGGAAACCUAAGCAGGCAUUGCUUUUUGACCAUAUAACCUGUGCAGUCCCCUGGAGCUCCACUGUGAGAAGGGCCCCUGCUUGGCUCACUACUCUCCUGUUGCCACCUUGAAAUCUUAGUGUUUGAGGAAAAGCUCCAUAUUUUCACCUUGUGCUGGACUCCAAAAUUAUAUAUAUAUAUAUAUAUAUAUCACCUAGCAGGAUAUGUACUUUCUUUUCUUGUGCAAACAUCAUACUGUCUGAAAGUCAAAAAAGAGGCACUGUUAUCAAGGGAAGAGGAGGGGAAAACCCUUGAGGGAAGUUUAUGGGGUUUCCCAUCUUUCGGGGAGCUGUCCCACCCAGGGCCUCUCUGCCACCUCAUCUGGGAAGUGGAAAAAGUGUGACAUGUUGUCUUAGCUUUAAAACAUGGUUCUGGCUUUAUCACAGAUGAACAAAUACUUUCUUGAUCUUUCUGUAAGACCAGAAUGUUGAAAAAAGUGACUGGCGAUUAUGACUUUAAUAUGCCUUUAUGAAGGUGCUCAUCAAGAUGCUUAUAUAAGACUGAAAGAUGCUUACUAGAGCAUUCGCUAUUGAAGGCUUAAGACUUUUGCUUUAGUGUAUUUACUAAGAUUAGGAUGUCAGUGGCUUGAAUUGUUUGAAUUCUUUUCAGAGAAUCACAAGGAUGUUUGAUGAGGGGUUACAGGAAUCUUGUCCUUCAAGAUUAACCAGUAAGUUCAAAGAAAGAAUAAAAAUCAGACACUUGUGACAUAUAGAGAAAAUGGUAUUAAGAUAGAAGACAGAACAUAGUUUCUUUUGUAGUACAAGUCAACAGAUAUAAUUAUAUCAGAAGCUGGGGGAUAGAAAACCAGAUUAUUAUUUAUUGUUAGUAUCAUCUUCACCUACAAUUCAGUAUUGAAAUAUAUUGUUCUUUUAAUUUCCAGUGAAUUUAGAAUACACCUAACUUUUUCAACCAUUCAAAGGUAUGACUAAACAAUUUUACACUAUAGUGUUAGGAUUACAUGCAAUGUAAUUGUACACGCAGUCUUUAGAUGUACACCAAUACUCUGAGUAAAACAGUAAAAAUUCCCUACAUAGAUCUUCCAAGAAACCAGAUUUUAACUGGGUUGUAUUGACGAUAAUGGGAGUGCAUUUUAUGUGUUUUGUACUUUAAUCCUUUGAGUUGUCAACUAUCAAUGAAUCCAUGGACAAAGAUUAGCAUUGUAAAGAGUAGAGACUGUUGUCGAUGUCUAGAAAUUUUAAAAUGCAAUGAUUGUCUUUUGUUCUUCAUAAGCACAUGCUUUCUUACCCCGAUGUGAAUCACAGCACUUAAAAUUCUAAAUCAGUAACUGUUGAUCUAGAAAGUUGAAAAUGUAAGUUUUACAGCAAGAUAAAGUAUUUUCUUGAAAACACUAUAUAAUGUUGGAAUAGACUGUAGAUCACUUGUAGGUGUCUGAGUAGAGGUUGGGUUUGGAAGCUGGUGCUCUGUUGGGAUUAAGCAUGUGGUUUUUAUGAACCUUCGUUAGCACCUGUGAGUGUGACAGACUUGCAGAUGUGGGUACCCUGGUUCUCCCGAGCUAAUCACAACAGUUAUCAAAUUAAUUUUUAAACCCGGACUCCUCAAUACUUUUGAAUUCACUCAGUUUAAAAUAAGAAGACAUUAAAAACUACUUCUAAGCUAUCUUUGCGAAAUGAGUGCGCUUUUUGAGUUUUUUUCUUAAUUGAAAGAUUAAUUCUAGAUGAAUGUAUGCUUUAUGCUGAAAUCUGCUUCCUUGUAUUUACCAAUCAUUUUAAUUAUAGAGAAGAUAAUGAAUGGUAGAGUUAAGACCUUUUCUUUCCAGGCCAGAUUUUCACCUUAUAUAAACCCUUUGUGUACUUCUGACUACUCUGUGUUCUUAUUAUAGGAUACUAGACUUGUAAUGUAGAAAGUUUUGACAUAACUGAAAUUUACCCUAUCCAAGCCAGCAUGGUGGCUUUAUACUGGGAGGAAACAGAAAACUGAAGAAUUGGAUAAAUUUGACUUCCAAGACAGCUAACUUUUCCAUCUAUAAUUUAAAAGCUACACUACACUGAUAUAGUUAGACAAAAUAUCCUCAAGAAUACUUUAUUUUAUUUAAAGUAUCUGUUUAAUUCAGCCUCUAAUAAUUUUGCAAAGAAGGGUAUGUGUGUAUUUUAAUAUAGCCUGACCUGAAUUUAUAUGUUUUUAGCUUUAGUAUUUAACAUUUUGUAACAAAUAAACCUUUAUAAACACAAGUUUAACACGGUGUCCUGUAGUUAU